AUGUAUUUUAAACGAUUGUGCUUAUAUAUAUCUUUGGGGCUUUGUGCCCUUGCCUUAACGGUUGUGGGGAGCAGUCUUGAUAAUAGUGAUGGGACUCAAGAACAACUAGAAUCCGCGAAUAUCAUCCAUGACUUUACCCUUACAUCCUGCCUAUAUAAUGAGGUGUUAGGUUCGACCUUCCAACCGACUGCCCAAGAAAUGGGGCAGAAGCUAACCCGAGCCAUUCGUGUGCGUAUCCAUGGCGGCAACUACUUUGUAUCAUUUAAUGCCGAAUGCGAAAAUGCCGAUGCACCAGCCCAGUCCAGUGACCAACUCAGUCAAAUCAACCAGCCAGUCAAUCAUAAGAGCUCUGCCUUGGCUCUGGAGAUCUUUCGGCCGGAGUACUGGCAAUGCUCCUAUAAUCUCCAGCGGCUACUGAAGAUUACCAAAAUCGAAGUCUGUAUCCUAAGGAUUCGGUCCCCACGUCUAUCUGUUUACAACCUAGAAGUCUUCUGGGCGGCCAUAAAGCAUCUUUUGGUCUGUACAACUGCCUAUGUCAUCUGGGUCGAUCCGCUUGUCCAACCGAAAGAGGUUGUGGGCCUAGAAUUACUCGAACUAUCUCCAGCACAACAACUGUGCCUGCGUCUGAAAGCGUGGAUUAAUAUACAUCUUACGGGGUGCUCUGACUUUCUGUACGACAUUGUCCUAAGAAUCAACGGAUUCGUGCCUUUUCUAACGCUGUCACUGAUUAAGCCAAAAAUGAGCCAGAUGAUUGACAUAGAGCAGCUAAAUCUGUUUCAUGGAUAUACCAUAGAAUUAGUGGGUUGGACCAUUAUCAAUGGCCAAAUACCCAGGCUAUCACAUAGACGUUACUGCCGCAAAUUAACGCUAAUCAAUUGCAAUUGGGAAAGCAGCCCGAUCCGGCCACCAACUAGCCAAUUCGAGCGCAGUAUAUUCCAGACUCUUAUUAAGCACAUUAACAUAGAUCUCGAAAUAGAUCUUGUGCCGCUAAUCGCACUCUGUGCUCAAUUGAGCGGGUCAACUCCCCAAAUUUGCAUUAAUCAGUUGAUUAUAUGGGGCGUGCCGUCCGAGCUUGACAAACUGCGUACCAUGAUUCCUCAUGUUAAGACCAUUAUGACUCGAUUGCUAGUUAAUUCGCUUCAACUUAUUUGCGGCCCUGCUACAGCCCCAACCCAAUCUCGACCAAGUCCCCAGAUGUUUACGGAUCCUUUGCCAGUCACUGAAGAAGAUAAUGUUGAGAAGCUAAAGCAGAUUCUUCUAAUACUACGCUUUAUUAUACCAUUGGAUAUAUAUAAUGUGAGCAUGCGGACUAGGAACAACCGGCUUUGGGACCACGAUAAGCUCUGGAUAAGGCUACUCAUUGGAUCCGGAUUGGUUUUCAAUUCCAUUAUGUUUGCUAAGGACAUAGACCUUAUGUGGAGGAGAAUAAGCAGCCCUUAUGAUUAUAAUUGGGAGGUGCAAAUUACGAGCUCAAGCGAGCUGCGCGCCCUAAAGACUCUUUUGUUAGAUCUACAUAACCUUCAUGCAAGCCACGCGAACCCUUUGCCCUGCAUUCGACAUAUCAAUAUUUUCCUAUCUAAUGUCUCUUGUUCCGAGGUUAUAAAUGGCUUACAGCCCCUUAGGUUGCUACACAAUGCCAUAGACAUUGAUAUGCUCAUGCUCAAUAGAAUUUCAGACAAAAACGUCGGGCCAUCUCCAAGCACACUCGCCAUAGAUGUUCCUGUGCAACAGGUUAAUUUCCUGGAUUGUUCAUGUGCCGUAAUUAACCAACUCUUUGACCACAUCCGCUUGUUGCAUACUUAUUCCCGAUUCAGCAUUGGGUCGACUAACAAAGAUUCCUCCUAUAUGAACUUGGUGGAAAGGUAUAUAAACAAGUGGGCCGCAUUUAGCACCAACUUGUUUCGCCCUGCCCGGCCGCCUCUUUGUCUACAAUUCGCUGAUUAUGUGCUACGAACUACUUAUUUCCGCACACAACCAUUCUGUCAACCCGAUGACAACGCUCUUCCCAUCUACCUGGCUGCUAACCAGCCCCUGCCGCUUGUUAUUCACUAUUCCUUUGCGGAUUUACGCCUGCUGCUCACCCAGCUGGAAACUCCCUGCUCUUCGCAAACCCCACAAUAUAUAUCACGACAAAACGAUUAUCGGCGGCUAACUAGCCUAAUAUUGAUCAAGAAACUAACUAUUCAGCUUCAUCCAGCAGACUAUCUCACCCUCGCUAAAGACGGUCCGCGCCCCAGCGGCCUACACACAACCGCCCGGUUUGUUCAGAAACUGUCUGCCGUCAGGUGUUUGCUACUAGUCGAUCCUACCAAUGUUCGUCCUUAUUCAGCCUUAUCAACCGCACAAGAUUCCAUUAUUCCACCUGAUCCAAAAGAGUGUUGCUCCGAGCCGGGAAAUGUUGGCCGGAUCUUAAAAUGGGUCGACUAUCGCAUCUGCGUCUAUGCCAUAUUUUCGCUUGAAAUUAAAGUAUCCGUACUACACCUUGACCCAGUAAUAGCGCACCAACCUGAGCGCAGAAAAUAUAGAACUAUAGUGGGGAGAAAUGAUAUCAUCAAAGCCAUUAUGAUUGCUUCUUAUAACCCAAAAUAUAUCUAUACUGUUAAUCCGCCCAUUUCCUUCUACUUUGCCAAUACUUCCAUAUGGGAAAAUGAUGACGUUGACCCAAAUAUAACAGUGGCUCCCCCGGCCUGUUUAACUCAUCGCGAGAUUUAUUGGCACCCCGGAUCUGAUAACGUCCAGGUAAAUGCUACAGCCCAGGACGUAUAUAAAACAACAGCGACCCGGUUUGGCUCUGCCAGGUGUAAUACUAAUAUAUCCUUAGGCGCGCCGGAACAAGAAUUAGAUUCAUGUUGGCUGCUAUUCAAUGGAUGCGUAGUUGUUUGUGGCCACUGCGCAUCUCCCCCUUGUAUCCCGAACUCCACCGCAGAAAGCACCGCCGAAAGCUCUCCUUCCGCGGUUGAUAAUUCGGACUUUUCACUUUCUAACGGGAAUCUCUGCCCUGUCUUUAUGGAACUCAACUCCUACCCCCUCAUCUACGCCCUGGAAACCGUCCCCUUCACCAAACUAAUCCUACAACUAUACAGAAGUCUAACCCCAGUUGAUCAACGAAGUAUUCUACCACACUGCCACUCGAUUCAUCCCACUAACCCAACUUGA